UGACGAGUGGACGUGCGCGGAGCCUUGCGUCGGGGGGGCGUGUGUCCGUGUGUGUGUGUAUGUAUGUGUAAGGGGGCGUACACCCCCACCAGGUGGCUUUUGUCGAUUUGAAAAUCCAAGGAAUAAUGUUAGUGAUGGAGUUAUGGAAAAGGAUAAUUCAAUAGGGCUUUAAAAUGCCUAGGGAUUGAUCAGGAAGGUCUUUGAUAAUAAUGCCUGAAGGGAUUUGUGGAGGAGGAGGAGAAGGAGAAGGAGAGAGAAAGAGAGAGAGAGAGGUGUGGCAUCAUCUUAUGAUCUUUGGCACCGGCGACUAAAUUAGUCUGUAAGUCUCCCGUGAUGCUUUGAAGAAUUCUGGCUGAACUGGAGUCUUCCGUCAUUGUAAACUGUGCGUGUGUCACAUACAGUGGAAGAUACAGUGCUUAGUUACUUUAUUACGCUUGUGUAACGUGAAUCGCAGUGUUAAUCAUAUAUGUAGUGUCAUGCGCGAUGACAAUCAGGCACACAGUACUAUGUCUGUUUAGUGAAAGAUACAGUGUGACUUGUACAGUGUCAAACGUUGUGUCCGUAAUGGUUGUUAAAAGGUGUCAGGCACUGAUGCGUUGGUGUCGUUGUGUACCUGAAAAAAUUAUCGUAAAAAGACAAGCCAUUUGGUAGUUCCAUUAACAUUUUUUUUCCAUUUUUGCUUAGAAAAGUUUCCUUGGCAGACAGAAGUGUAUUUUUGAUAGUGACUUUGAAGUGGGAGGUGCAGUGAAGGAAGGAACUCUGGAGUUUAUUAAUGUGGAAGAUUUGCAUGAUGCCUCCGGCACCAUCAUGUCUUCCUGGCGGCUGUGGCACCUACUGGAGUGGUUGGUGCCAGAGAGGAGGGACUCUACCCCUGAGGACGACCACCCCCGCAGCUCCUACCAGUGGAGGUCGUGGGGGCGCCGUGCCAGGACCCAGGCACCGUACCCCUCCCCGCGGCCCUCACGAUCACUCUACACCUCCCCCACCCACGAGCCAGCCAGACCUCAGCAUGUGCCACCACUACGCCGCAGUGUGAGCUGUGUGGAGGGAGCUCACACUAGUGCCACUAGGGCAGGCACGCGCGUGAAGCAGUCAUCUGCUGGCACUCAUGAAGGUACUCGCUUGAAGCAGUCAUCUCCUGGUACUCAUGAAGGUACUCGCUUGAAGCUGUCAUCUCCUGGCACUGGCAGUCAACUGCGUACUCUAUUGGAACACCCCUCACUAGAUCAUAACACUCUUGUGGGUACUAACCUGAAGCAGUUAUCUCCUGGCACCCAUGAAGGCACUCAGUUGAAGCAGUUAUCUCCUGAUCCUGGCAGUCAUUUGGGUACUUUACUGGAGCGCCAGUUCCCUGCACUUGGCACUCUUGCAGUCUCUCAUUUAAAGCAGGAAGCUCCAAGCACUCACGAAAGUGAUCACCUGAAAUUACCGUCUCCAGACGCUGGCAAACCUGACGUUACUCAUUCUUCCCCCGGCUCUGCUUCUUUUAUAGGCACUCAGUUAAAAUUAUCAUCUCCUGACCCUUGCAGUGAUGAGGUUACUAACCUGGACCACCCUUGUCGCGGGGCUGACACCCUAGCGGGUAAUAUCCUGGAACAACCCUAUAAAACUCCUAACUCAUUUGUGGAUACACAGUUAAAGGCAUCAUCUCCCGAGCCUUGCACUCUCGCGGCUACUCUUCUGCAAUAUCCUAACCCCAGUCCUCUUGUAUGUGCUGAGUUGAGGACACUAUCUCCUCACCAAGGAACUAAAAUUGUAGAUCAGCAGAGCAAGUCUCCUGCGGCUGUACUGACAAAAAAUGAGGACACGGGAAGAUUAACCUCUGAAGAUGGAAUUAAUCGUGUAGCAGCAGCUAGUAGAAUAGGAGAUAAUUCUGUCAGCGAAGAGAAUGGAGCAAGGAAAGCCACAAGGGUUUGCUCGAGACGUAGUUCUCUUCCAGGGCAUCCUAGUGACCCUGGAACUUCGAGGAUGUCAUUACACAGGAGGCUUUCAAUGCAGGCUAUACGGCGGUCCAACUCCCGAAGGAAAAUCAACCUGCCGCCAGGUAGCGAGGCUGUAAGAACCAACAAAGAAUAUUCCCACCUUCAAGGGAAUGAGGGAGGGAAAGUUAUCCACAGCUCUAGUUUGCGAAGUUCUAAUAUCAAAGAUGAAGAAUCGCCAUCGAGGGCGUCAACGACGGAGUUUCAACUUCAUCUUAACCUUCACAUGCACGAUUCAACUCAGGUGACUAGCGGUAGCAGUAACAUAUUCAGUGGGACUCCACGUGGAUUCUGCGAGCUGACCAACAGUUGUAUGACCUUCCGCACGGACUACACAGCGGUGGUGACCUCCGGUGGGCCAGACUUGGUGGCUGGGAUGAGUGACUCGGCGCCCAGUUGCCUCCAGGAAGUAACGAGUUCUUCUGACGGGAGGCUCUCGGCAUCGACCCCGGGUAUGGCAGACAUCUCGUCGCCUCUUCUCCCCACUCACAACACACGACCCGCUCUGCCUGUUGCUGCAGCUGCCGCAAUCAUGUCUGGUGUUACUAACCUCAGGUCAAACCUCAAACACAGAGGUCAGGUUAGGAGCAAAAGGUCCGAUUCGGCGGGACACUCUGUGACCUUCGACCUACCUGAAGACUGCGACAAUUUUGGAGGAUUUAGAGAGCGAACUCGUGACGAGAGCGAACCUCUAUCCAAGUGCAUGAAGGAGCAGAGUAACAGAUCACGGCAGUUUGACGGUAAACUGGAAGUGGGGGAACCUAACCAGCGACAUGAUGACUGUCAGAUGGGACUUAGUAAUGGGCUCAACAUUGAGGAAAACAUAGUCAAAGAGGAGAGCGAGAAGGGAGACAUGUACACGACGCCUGGACUCUCGGAAAGAGUCCAGACGCCAGGUGACACAUUUCCUGAAGACCUGACACCUACCACCAACUACCUGGAGACGGAGGACACUACCUGGACGGUGAUGGAGAACCCUCUACACGAGGCGUUCUCCUGGUCACAAGAUCAACUGACCAACGGAGUCUUCAGUGACAGUAUUCCCCAGAGUGUGCUCGACACCGUGCGAGACGAGUGCUCGCAAAUCACUCAGGAAGACCACAACAAUAAACGAAGUAUGGGUCAGACAAGCGAGGAACCCAUACCAUACCUCGACUUGCCCCCCCUAAACUCCCAGUACCCUUCCCCGCUGCCUCCAUACCUGUUGUCAUCGCUGACGUGGUCGUCAGGAGACAGUUGCAGCAGCGAAUCCUCCACGAAGGGGCCAGACUCUGGGUACUGGGGUGAGGGCACAGCCGUGAGCUGUGGCAAGAAGGGCGUCAAGAUAAUGACACAGGGCCGGGAGCUGCACCUACCUUACGCCUUCCUUCACCAGGGACGCCUCAAGCUACGCAUUGUCAGAGGUAAGUGUACAAUGGUUGUAUUUUAUGAAGUGUUAAAACCACGUUAAUCAUUCAGUGCAGGGAGUGGUGAAGGCUCGAUCCUCCGUCAACUAAUUGCGGCAUUGUCUCUGACCGGCCAGGCUGACCGUGUUCCGUCAGUUGUAAGUACAUUCCAUUGUCUCCAAGAUAGCAUGCAGGGCUGCAGUAUUCCCAACUCACCCGUGGAAUGACUGAGCUAAGGACAUGGUUGUUGUUAUGACAACCGAUAUUAAUAAAGAUUUGGGAUCACUAUCAUGGAAUUCUAAAUGUUUAUCUAAUGUUGUGUGUUACUUGUGAUCGCUAGCGUAUGUGCGUUCUUUCUCGGAUGUGUGUGUGUGUG